UGAUCCUCCCCUCGAUGGAUUAUUUAACAGGCUGACUCCCAUGUUGCCAUCUGCCAGAGGACUUUUUCUCAACCUCUAGAAACGCGUUUUUUUUUGUUUUUUUUUGUUUUUUUGUUUUCUUUACUAAGAAUUUAAACUUUAAACCAAAAAGAACUGUCUAAUUUGUUUUGUGUAGCGCUACCAGUAUUGAGCAUCUCGCUGUGUACGAGCGCAGGAGCUUCAACUGAGCCCCCGGGGAGUUCGCUCACACAAAGCAAGUUUAGUCUGUCAUUCGGGACAAAAGUGGACAUAAUUCAACAUGUAAGACUUCAUUUGUGUCACAGACUGAAGCGGGUUGAGGUUAUGUGGUGGGUUGUUUGAGCUCCUACACUGACGGGGUUACAGAAGCUUCAGCGGGACCAUGGUAAUCUCAUCCCGGUGAGUGCCGGGUUAGAUCAGCAAACCGAGGCGAGAGUCCAGGGUCCCGAGGCCAUGGUGGCGGAGGGAGACCGGACACUGCUCGCCGCGCGCCAAGGGGACGUGCAGGCUCUGAAGACGCAGCUCGCGGCCAAAGAGCUCACAGCCGAAGUGAAGGACUCACUGGGGGCCACGCCGGUCCAUCACGCAGCGCGCUCCGGGAAGCUGAGCUGCCUGCGCUUCCUGGUGGAAGAGGCAGGGCUGCCCGGGAACUCUUUGGCCAACAACGGAGCGAGCCCCGCGCACGAUGCUGCGGCCACUGGACACUUGGCCUGUCUCCAGUGGCUGCUGACCCAGGGAGGAUGCCGGCCAGAGAGCAAGGACAGUUCAGGGGCCACAGUCCUGCACCUGGCGUCCCGUUUCAGUCACUCUGAGAUCACAGAGUGGUUGCUGAAAAGUGGGGAGGGGGAUCCUGGGGCCACCACAGAAACUGGGGCCCUACCCCUCCAUUACGCUGCUGCCAAGGGAGACCUGCCCUCUCUCCGCCUGCUCCUCGGACACAGCCCAAAUGUUGUCAACGUGCAAACUAAAAAUGGUGCCACACCGCUGUACCUGGCCUGUCAGGAGGGUCACCUGGAGGUGGUCCAGUACUUGGUGAAAGAUUGUGGGGCAGAUCCCAGCAUCAGGGCCAACGAUGGGAUGACGCCUCUCCAUGCUGCUGCUCAGAUGGGGCACAACACUGUCAUCGUCUGGCUGGUGAGUUUUACUGAGAUCAGUCUAUCGGACAAAGAUGGAGACGGGGCCACAGCGAUGCAUUUUGCAGCGAGUCGUGGCCAUUCUAAAGUGCUGAGCUGGUUGUUGCUACAUGGAGGAGAGAUCAUCACGGAUAACUGGGGAGGGACUCCGCUACACGAUGCAGCGGAAAAUGGUGAACUAGAGUGCUGUCAGAUCCUUGUUGUGAAUGGGGUGGACCUCGGAGUCAGAGACCAAGAUGGCUUCACUGCAGCAGAUCUGGCUGAGUACAAUGGUCACCAACAGUGUGCCAAAUAUCUACGCACUGUGGAGAACAUGAGUGUGGAGCACCGUGUGUUGUCACGGGACCCCUCCACAGAGCUGGAGUAUAAGCAGCCGGACUCAGGGCUCUCGUCUCCAAACACCACAAUGCCCCCUGCGCCCCCGCCUCCACCUCCGCCCCCACCAGCCCACAUAGGCUCUCCCUCCAGCUCUCUGUCCAACUACGACUCAGCCAACUCCAGUCAGUCCAGCACCGGAGAGAAGAGGAGCAGCAUCAACAAUGCACAGGGACCACCCUCCCAGCAUAACAAUGCCACAAACACAGGUACAAAUGAGACAGCCAUCUCAGACAUGCAGGCCUAUAUGGACAUGCUCAACCCGGACAUUGGUUCUGACUCCAACAAAAAGAUGGAAAACCCACCUCCUCCACCAACCUACCCUCCACCCCCUCCUCCUCCAGGCCCCUCCAUGCCACCGCCACCCCCCAGCUACCCCGCUCCACAGGCACCUGCGGAGGACCAAACUUCCGCAGAGUUCCUCAAAGUGAAAAGCAACCUGAGGCAUGUCGAAAGUAAUGCUGGAAGGAAACAGCUCACAGUCAGAGAAGGUCACGAUAAACUGCGCCGUGUGGAUUCAAACCGGAAAUCAAGGAGCUUCAGUAAACAGCCCAGCACUGGGGACUAUUACAAGAGUUUGGGCGACACGGCCGAGCCCCGUGGGAGCAGUGAGAUGGCCCCCAACGAAGAGGGCUCUGUGUUAUUGGAGGAGCCCAGUGAAAGUCCAGCCUCCAGCACAGAGAAUGGCCCGGCAGAGGAGACGGCGCCCGCUCCCCCCGCUCCUCCCGCUCCUCCCGCUCCUCCUCCUCCUCCCCCUCCUCCUCCUCCCCCUCCACCAAACAACGCUGCACCACCCCCUCCCCCUCCUCCACCCCUGCCCCAGGACACCCCAACACGGACCAACACCACGAGCAGCACCCCUACCAACCAGCGUCGCCCAUCAUCCUCAACAGGAAGCGCAAAGUCCUUCAACAUGAUGUCCCCAACCGGAGACAACUCGGAGCUGCUGGCAGAGAUCAAAGCUGGGAAGAGCCUGAAGCCUACGCCCCACAGUAAAGGCUACACUACUGUCUAUUCCAACAGUGGACCAGCGGGCAGCAAUGGGGGCACCACCUCACCUCCAGAGACACGUCCUUCAAGCCCACCUCCUGCCAAGUCGCCCUCUCCUCCGCCCCCCAACAACAAUAACAGCAACACAACAUCUGUCACCUCACCACAGUCCACCCCAAGUCCAAGCCCAAGCCCAACCAGCCCUAGAUCCACCAAAACCAUGUCAAACUCUACAAGCAACGGGCAUGUAUCCUCUAACCCUGUGGUCAAUGGGAACAGUAGUAACAGCUCAACAUCUGGAGAGACUGUUAGGAAGACGAGUAUGUCCGAUGUGGAGGCCCUGGUGCCCACUCAUGAUGAACAGGGAAAGGCCAUACCUGAGUGGAAACGCCAGGUGAUGGUCCGGAAACUGCAGGCCAAGAUGCAGGAGGAGGAGGAAAGCAAGCGCAAGGCCGAGGAGGAGGCUGCACGUCUGGCUUCACUGCCAGCCUGGAGGAGAGACAUUAUGAAGAAGAAGAUGGAUGAAGAGAGAAAGGCGGAGGAGCAGGCCAAACAGGCUAAAGAGAUGGAGGAGAAAUCAGAGUUGGAGCGCAUACGCACACUGGGCUAUGAUGAGACCAAGCUGGCUCCAUGGCAACGGCAGAUCAUUCUGAAGAAGGGGGACAUAGCCAAAUAGUGAACUGCCCCUGCACUGCUCUGCUGCUAUUGCCCCAAGGCCUUGACUUCAACCGCUUAUUCCACAUACUGGACAAAAAGUACCAUGUUACACUUUUUCAGUUGAUGAUGUGGAUUUUGCUCUUCAGAAGUUUGGUCCAAAAGCAGCAUUGAGAAAACCCUCACAAAGACUUUAGUGUUUACUGUAAUAUUAAAGAUGCACUAUGAAUUUUUUUUCUGGUGGAAGGUGGGCCAUCUCCUUACCUUCAUGGAGAUGUUAUUGCUUUGCUUGGAAUAAUACACAAAAAAGCACUAAACAUAACUAUCUUCUUGGAAAAAUGCAUGUGACUCUAUCAAAAGAAGUUACAGGUCAGAUCUAUGGAGAGGUGACCCACCUCAUGGUAUUUUUGAGCAAUGGAAUGAAAGGUGAAAAGGAAAGAAAUGCUAAAUGGAUAAGUUUAAUGCCAUACUGUGCAAUGUUCCUGGCAAAGGUACAACAUCUCUUUGGAAACUAGCAUGUGACAGACCCUCAACAGAAAAGUUACAUAGUGCUACUUUAACAAAUCCAAUGACAUGCACUGAUCUUUCUGCUUGACUACGUAGGCUAUCAGGCUAUCUUCUUUUAAAACUGUAAAAUUGCCCUAUAUUUACAAUUAAUUAUCAGACUUUGACGUGAAUGGAACUUUCAAGAUUAGUAAAUAACAUGUAACAUUUAAACAGCAUAACAAAAACACAGCCAAUUCUCUGGUAUAGGAUGUCAUCUGUAUCCAUGAGUAAUGGUCAAUUGUUUUAUUAGUGUCAUAGUUGCACUUUCUUUUCUGGUUUAAAGUUUUUGCCAGAGUAAAUAAAACCAAGUGUUUAAAUGGAAAGAUAUAGGAUGUUUAGGUCUAUAGCAAAAACUUUAUUAUAUUUCCUGAAAGUUGAAAUAUUCCCAAUUAAUUGUCUAUUUAUGGACUAAAUAUUAAGCUACAAUGAUCAUGAAUGUGAAGUGUUGUGUGCAUGUGUCGAAUAUUUUGUUAUGAUGUUAUAUUUUAAUAAUGAAUGUUUAACCAGAGGUGGGUAGACACAAGUUAGAAUAUUAAUUCCAAACUUGCACAUAUAAUUCAUAUAACAACAUGAAAAAUAAGAUCCAGUUGAAUAAGAAUCAGAUACAUUUUAAGUCAGGUACUUAUUUUAAAAAUAUUUUGGCUUUUAACUUACUCCAACAUACUACCCACCUCUGUGUUAAACGGUGGGACAGAGAGAAGCAUCUCAUGUGUGAGACCUGUGUCCCAUUGCAGCCUUUGCUCCAGUAACCUGCAGCAUCAAUAUUGGAUGAACAGAUCUGAUUACAAUGUGCAGUGGCCAUUGUCCGACAGAGAAAGACGUAACAUCAAACAUUUACUGCCCCCCAACACCGCCUGUGUUUUAAUCAUUGUCCCAUAAGUCUAUUACAUUGGGUUGAUUUUGUUACUUAUAAUCCUGGUUACAGAAUGGCUAUGUGCACAUUAAUGUUUUUUUUUUUUUUUUAUCUUGGUAUUUUCAUAUGAGAUAAUAAGACAUAAUAAAUAUAAUUGAUUUCUAAUAUUACUGGUGAUCACAUAGAAACCCAAUAUUGUCUGUAUUCCUACAACAGAUUUUAAUUACAUUUUCACAGCACUAAACUGUAAUAGUUUUUUAGAUUUUUAGUAUUGUAAACCUGGUGUGCACAUAGCUGUUAUACUAUAUUGCUUCUUUUCCAUAUCUCUUUUAGUUUAUGACAGUUCAUAUUUUUGCUCUUUUCCAAAUAUGUGAUUUUACAUAGGCUUUGAGUGAUCACAAAUUCUAAUAAUGCCAUCAUGAAUACCAUUCCUUAAAUAAAUUACUCUGUAUGUUUACUACAAUUAUUUGGAUUCAGUUGUACCAAAUGUUUGUCACAUCAAAACAAGAUGUGCUGUGCUCCUCAUUGGAACCAUUUGAUGAUUAUUGCAUCGGAUGCCAUAUGAUGUUGAAAUUGAAUGCCAUUUGAUUUUCUAUAAAUAUAUUAACUGUGUACAUAGUGACCCUAAGAGUUUUAAUGAUGUCCUUAUUGUGUUAUGUCUAAGCCUUUGCUAAAUAGAAAAUGACUAAUAUGUUAUAUUUUCAGAUUGUUAUAUGAAGAUGAUAAAUAAAUAAAUCUCU